UAGAUCACCGAUUGAGAUGGACCACAAUGUUGCUUUCGUAAGACCGGAUGGAACUAUCACGUGGUUCAGUACCGCUGUUCUACAUUGUUCCUGUUUGGUGCGGGUGAAAUAUUUUCCAUUCGAUAAGCAAUACUGUCGACUGAUUGUGGCAUCUUGGACUUACGACAAUACUUCAGUGACGCUCAUACAAAAUACUGAAAAUGUAAGAAAGGAUUACUUCAUCAACAACGGAGUGUGGGACCUGUCUAGUAUCCACAAGGAAUACCAGAUAUUGGAGUGGGAAUGCUGUCCGAACGAAUGGGUAGAGGCCCAUUAUCUUCUCCUCUUUACACGCCAGUCUAGAUAUUACGUAAUCACCGUCAUUGUACCGAGUACCACACUUUCUCUGGUGUCUCUUCUAGUCUUUUUCAUGCCACCUGACUCUGAAGAGAAGGUAACCUUAGCAUCUAGCAAUCUCCUAGCCAUGCUUCUUUUCCAGGAGCUCGUGUCAACUUCGAUGCCACCGAUUGGGAAUCAAUUUCCACUCAUAGGAAGCUUUUUCGUUGCAUCCAUCGUAAUCAACACAUUUUCCAUCUUCACAUCCAUUAUGAUCAUGUAUCUACAUAACAAAGACGACAGACCAGUUCCUUCGUGGGUCCAGAAACUUGCCAUGUUGAAGACUGCAUCAAAGCAGUCCCAACCGGUUGACACUCGUCCAAAUUGGGUAAAACGGCGCAUGUCUGGUUUCAUAUCCACUAGCACCAUUUCCAAAGCUGUCCAAUUGCACCACACACAAGACAGCAGCGGGCAAAACGCAAUCGGCACCAAUUUGAUAAGCUCAAAGUAUCUGGAACUCUCGGUAACUGGACUCAAGACAAAGGCCCAAGAAGAUAAGAUUAAUGAUAAUGCUACCGAUGAAGCAAGUGAACCUUCGACAGAAACGAAGGAGGAGAUUGUUGCACAGUGGCAGGAGUUAUCCUUGAAAGUGAACCGUACCAUGGCGUUUCUACUCACUAGUUCGGUCAUAACAACUGCUCUGGUGAUCACCUUCUUGUACAUCGCCCAAGAGGAAGGAGACUUCCCUGAAAGAACCUGAAGACUGACAGAGAAACUGAGUCAUUCGGUUCAUUACAAAUUGAGAACGGAUCGUUCACGUUGCGCAAACGUAAAACGAAAUUAUCGAAAUUAUAUCUUUGUUAAAAGACAUAUCUACCCCACUAAAAGUUGAAUUGAGUAAAAAGAUAAAUAUCCCACAAGCAUAACACUAAAAAUUUCAUGAAAAUCGAAUGUAAAAUAAGAAAGUUAUUACAUUUUAAAGUUGCGCUUAAUGAAAAAAAUAGUUAUGCACAUCCUGGUCGGUAUGCAAAUGAGAGGACUGAUAACUCAGUCAAUAAUCCUUUUGUAUUUCAUUAUAAAAGUAAUAUGAAAUAUUUGAAUUUUCUCCUCAUUGUCAAGUUAAGUUUUAUUCCUCCCUGAACAUGUGAAACUAACUUUCAACAUUUUUGGUUCAGUCAAGUUGGUCAUUUUUGUCAAAUCUGUAAAAAUUGAAAUACUGUAUAAUUCAAACAAUGAAAAACAAAAGAAAUUGUUAGUGUGGAACAUCAUUGACUCUCAUUUGCAUAUCAAUGAGUUGUGCACGUAUUAAACUGUUUUGUGGAAAAUAAGUGAAACUUUAAUACAUGUCAUAACUUUCUUAUUAUAUCCGAUUUCGAUAAAAUUAUCAGCGUUAUGCUUGUUUGAUUUUUUAUGCCCCCGCAGGCGAAGUCCGGAGGGGGCAUUAAGCGUUGCCCCUGUCCGUCCGUCCUUCCUUCCUUCCGUCCGUCCGUCCCCCCACUUGGUUUCCGCACAAUAACUCAAAAAAUAUUUAAUGGAUUUAAAAAUGUUUUGGUGUGUAGGUAGAUGGCACCAAAAUGCAGGCUAAGUUCGAAUUUGGAGUCCGCAGGUCAAAGGUCACAGCUCAUUAGAUAUGCGAGUUGGUUUCCGCGCAAUAACUCAAAAAAUAUCUAAUGGAUUUUAAAACUUCUUGGAGUGUAGGUAGAUGACACCAAAAUACAGGCUUAGUUUGAAUUUCGAAUCUGCAGGUCAAAGGUCACAGCUCAUUAUAUAUGCGAGUUGGUUCAAAGGUCUAAAUUUGUUCAUUAUAUAUAUAUAUAUGCAUAUUGGAUUCUGCACAAUAUUAAGUUCAAUUUCUGAUUGCUUUAAGCGGAGGCAUCUGUGUCCUUUGGACACGUCAAAUUUCUAGUCUCUAUUGAUUCCAAUCAACAUUUUUCUAGGAUGGACUUGACCUUUUACUUCCCUCUGUCUUUGAAAUUCACAGGUGCUCGUAAGCUGAAUUGGCGUAACAAAAUCGUUCAAAUCAAACGUAUAACAAAAUCUUUUCUUGUAAGAGAAUCCAAGUAGAAAUAAUAUUAAUAAUACAUGCAUAAUCAAAACAGUUCAUUUAUAUACUGUUAUGUGAAAUUUCUGAUGUGCACUUCUGUUUCAAACUCUCAGUAUGAAACUCGAAUGGUGAUCAUCUUUAAUCUGAAGUUAUUAAUGCUUGUUUGCCGAAAUCUGUCAUAAUUAUUAUGAUGUAGAAAGUUAUAUUGUAGAAUGAUUUUAAAAAUCGGAAAUAUAGUCUGAAAAAAUGUGAAUAUAUUUAUUACAAGUCAUUCAGCGUUAUGUUAUGUUCUUGUAAAUAUGAAUAUAUCAUGUGUGAUGUACCCUUUUACAUAUAACCGAUUUCAUCUGUGAUUCAAUACAAGAAUAUAUUUGUUUACAGAAAGAUCAUUUAGUCCCUAAAGAGCAUUGUGAAUUUUUUUAUAUAUUGUUUUGAUAUUUUAAUCAGACAUAUAUUGCUUGCAAUGCCGUCUCAAUCUUUAAAUAAUCAUAAUUGCUUUUCUUUAUUGAUCUACUACAUUAAGAGAUUAUAGGUUGUCAUCUUAAAUUAAGUUAUUAUUUACCUCCUAUUUUUAAAAACUAAACUGAUUUCUUCUUUCAUCAUUAUCUUACAUUAAUAUUCCUCAGUUUGGUUCAUUAUUAAGAAGUAUCAUCAGAUGCUCAUUAUUCGAACUGUUAUUGGUUUCAGGUUUAUUCAAUUAAUUUUAAAUAAUUUUAAUGCUGUCAUUCUUGGUUUGUAUCUUGUAUUAUUAUAUAAUGUAUAUUUGAAUUUGAAGCAACAAUAUUUAUGGUAACAUAUAUAAAGAGUUUAGUCGCAAAAGGGGUUAGGUCCAAUAGGACCAUUCCGAGAAAACCGUGUUUUUUAUUCUCACUUAUUGCAAUAUUCUUAUGAGAAACUAAAUUGUCAUGAUGUACCCUAUCAUGUGAACAUAAAGUUGGGUAUAAAAGAAAUCUACCUGUCUUCAAUUUUGUUUUCUAUAUAUUUUUUGGGUUAAAUUAUCAUUGUGGACCUAACCCCUUUUGCAAGCAAACUGAAAUGAACCCAAUCUCUUUUGAUUAAAAAGUGACCUUUCUUUGCCACCUUCAUUCACGUUAUUAUUUGAAUUUCAAAUAUGCUUUGGUAUCAUCAGAGCGACUAAAAAUUUAGAGGUUUAGAGACAAAAAACAAUAAAAUUUAUGAAAAAUUGACCAAACCCCUUUUGCAACCAAACUCUUCUGAAGAACUCAUCAGUCAAAAGGGGGUAGGUCCACUCCAAUAACAUAAUUUUUAAAAUUCUCCCAUAUUGCAAUAUUUUUAUGCGAAACUGAAUUUUCAUAAUACCCUACCAUGAGAACAUAAAAUUUGGUAUAAAAUAAAUCUACUUGUCUUCAUAUUAUUUUUUUAAGAUAUUCUUUUCUAAAAAAAUUAUGUGUGGACCUAACCCCUUUUGAAAAAAAAGUGAUUUUUAUUUGCCAUUUUAGUUCACAUUUUAAUGGGAAUUUCAACUUUUCUUUGGUUUCAUCUUAUAGAGCUACUAAAAAUCUAUACAUUGAGGCAUAAAAAUGAAACUUGAUGAAAUUGAUGAAAAAUGGACCUAACCUCUUUUGCAAGUGAGCUCUUCAUAUAUUCAAAAUAGUAAAACAAUAUAUAAAGAAUUUGCCUAUAAUUAUCGUAUACACACCUUACUUUCGAAUGUUAAUGCAGAGGCGGCAAAGUGUUUGACAAUUAAAAAUAAUUUC